AUAAAGCUUCCUUGCUUAGCAGUACAUUUCUCUAACAUACUGGAAAAUUACUUUGUGAGUUUGACUGCAUUAGGAAUAGUGAUGCUUUAUCAACAAAUACUUAAAAUCACAUUAUAUUUCCUCUUUUUUCCUCACAGGCAAGUAACCACAGUACAUUCCUCAUAUAUUGAAGAAAAAAGCUAAGAAAAUGCUAACUGAUUAAACAUUACUCAGUAAUGGAAUCAUUUGCCACUGAAAAGUUUUCAUUGAUAGUGCUGGGCAUUUUGCUUCUCUUGUCAUCCUUUUCCAUUGAACAGGUCACCAAGAAAUGUGAAAUUUUCACUGCAGAGUAUCAAAAACUAACUCGAGGCUUCAGACCAUGGUGUAAUGAGUUCCAGAAAAGAGACUUCAAGCUAUAUGCCAUCUGUGAUAAUAUUAAGGACAUUGUCAGAGACCUCCAAGAGGUACCAUUGAAGACAGAUACUAUCUGCAUAAGAGUACAUUCCAAAACUGUUCCUCCAGGUGCAUUUUCUCAUUUAUCUCACCUUAUUGCUAUUUACCUAGGGGGUGGUUUUCAGGUACUGCCUGGUGCAUUUAAAGAGUUACAGUAUCUGGAAGUUCUGUGGUUAGAAAACAUUGAUAACCAUGAUAUCUCUUUUAGAAGCAAUUCAUUUCUUGGACUAGAGUCCCUAAAAGAGCUCCGACUCAGUCAGAUCCCAUUUGCUGGUAUUAAUUGCUCAAUCCUGAACUCCUUGCAUCAACUGGAAAGUUUAAUUUUCUAUAAGAAUAAUAUAACAAAAUUAUCACAAGUUACAAGUGAGAUUAGUAUGCUACAAAGGUUGAAAAACUUAUCUAUCAUUGCUAACUACAUUAGUACUAUUGAUGAAAAUGAUUGUUUGUUCAAAACACAUUUCUCUUCCAGUGAAGUAAAUAAAUAUGGAAACAAUAUUUCAUUCCUUGAUAUUUCUUUAAACCCUUUAUCAAUAAUUAAGUCAAACUCCCUCUGUGACUUCCCUUAUUUGUCUGUUUUCAGGGUUGAUGAAGCUUUAUUUCCAGUUCAUCAGCUGUACCAGUCAGGCAUACAAAGAAUAGAAACUCUUUCAAUGCAAAAAAUUCAAAUAUAUGUCAAACUGAAAGAUAUAUUCGAGCUUGCAUUCUAUUUUCAUGUCACUGAGCUAGUAAUGGACAAAUGUUACAUAAGUGAGGAAAGACCAGCUGGAUCAAUUCCUUUAAGACUUAGAAGACUCAACCUAUCAUUUAAUUUAAUAGCCAGCUUGACCUGGAAAUUGAUGAACAAGCUUUUGUACCUACAACGGCUUCUUGUGUCUAACAACAGGAUUAAUUUUCUGGAACCUUGUCAUAAUUAUACAAAUUUAACAUUUGGUCUAAUUGACCUGGAUCUUGCUUCAAAUUAUAUCAGCAUCAUCCGGACCAAGCAAUUCCACUGCUUGGGAAGUCUUGAAACCCUUCUUUUAAACAAUAACAUCAUUUCUAUAAUUGAAGAUUCUGCAUUUGAGGGACUGGAUAAACUAAGCCUGCUGAAUCUUGAAAACAAUAAUGUUGCUCAACUAGGAAUGUAUAGUUUUCUUGGACUAUAUAACCUGAAGAAUCUGAGUUUGUACUAUAAUAUAAUUCAAGAGAUUAAUCCAUGGACGUUUCAUGACUUACACCAACUUCAAGAAAUCAAGUUGAGUUUUAAUGGGGACAUAUUUUCUAUAAACUGGCUGUACGAUAUCAAAACACAUCUUCAAAACAUGUUAAUCAAAACAUUUGUCUCAUCCAUUACAUUGGAGGCUAAUGUUUUCAAGCUUUUACCUGUACUGAGCACAUUGGAGGUUGAUGGUAAAAACAUAAUUUUAGAUGACUGUAAUGCAUUUCCGUUCACAAAAAUUCAUUCACUACAAGUUUGGAAUAACAUACAUUUAAUGUGUUUGCUUCCUGAGACUUCAUCUGCACUGCCAUAUUUCAUGGAACUUGAGAGCCUAAGUUAUGGUUCUGUCCUCUCUGAUAAACAUCAUAUCACAGCACUGAGCUCUAACAGAAGUUAUCUAAAAAAAUUAAAGUACUUGCACUUACAAGAGCUUAAUGGGGUUGAUGAAAGUUCCGAGUUAGUCUAUGAUAAUCUAUUCCAUGGUCUUACCAAGUUGGAAUAUUUGUAUCUAAUAAACACAGAUAUAUCAUAUUUCACAGUGAACAUGUUUAAGGAUUUGUCUUCCCUCAGAAUGUUUGUUGUAAAUGAUCAGUUUAUUGAAGAGCUACAAGAAGGCCUCUUUAAUAAUCUGAAAAAUAUAGAAUAUGUUUACUUCAUGGAUGUUGGUAUUAAAUGCAACUGUAGGAUGUCAUGGGUAGUUGAAUGGAUGGCUACAAACCCUCAAGUUCAUGUGACUGAUUUCUUUAAGCAGAAAUGCAUUGUAGGGACUUCAUCCUUUGAACUUCUGUAUUUCUUUAAUCGACAGUGCCCAGAAAAGCUGGAACAAAUAAUGUUUAUGUCAACCUUCUUUGUCACAUUGUUUAUAAUUCUAACUGCAAUGUUAUAUGAAAAUGUAUGGUGGUACCUUCUUUAUUUAAGAUAUACAUGGAUGGCUAUGAUUAAGCAUGGCAAACACAAGCAGGGCAGAGAUAAGUAUGAAUAUGAUGCGUUUGUGUCAUACAGCAGCUAUGAUGACUGGUGGGUAGUAAACCAGCUUCUCCCAAACCUGGAAGAGAAAGGCCCACCCUAUUUUUCAGUUUGUUUACACAAUAGGGACUUUGUUGCAGGUAAGACUAUUGUGGACAACAUAGUAAACAGUAUUAACACAAGUCGGUGGACCUUGUGUCUUCUUACCCACAAUUAUUUGAAGAGUCACUGGUGUUUCUGGGAAAUGAAAAUGGCUACUUAUAGUCUCAUUAAUGAAAGUAGAGACUUUCUACUUAUUGUACUUUUGGAGAAGAUCUCCUUAGACGAAUUGUCUUACUACCACAAACUAGCAAAACUCUUGAAGAAAAAAACAUAUCUGGAAUGGCCAGAAGACGUAAAGGACCAACAGCUAUUCUGGGCAAGGUUACGAAAAACGAUUGCAGACUCUGACUGAAGUAAUGUCAGUACUAUUUUAAACUCCUGAGUGGCUGUUAUCUUGUUAUGUAGUUUUCAAUAUGUAAAUUCAUGUCUUUUUAUCUAAGCUACAGUUUAGCUGCCAGAUUACAGAGACUUAUUUACUGGCUAGCACUGCCUAUUUUUUUUUUAAGUUUUGUUUUAUUUUAUUUGGAAAGCACAUACAGCUUGCAAAAACAUCAGUCAUCAAUGCAUU